GACGUAACUGCUGAAAGAGAAACUAAAAGACAGAAAAGAGUUGCAUGCUUUCACUUCUCUUUACGGAUCUUAACUAUUUGAAAAACCAUCACACCAGCCAUGGCAUGUGGUAGUAGUCUCGAGGCCUGGGAGAAUUUUCGAUGUUCCAUCUGUCUGGAUGUGUUCACUAAACCUGUGUCGAUCCCCUGUGGACACAACUUCUGUCUCACCUGUAUCAAAGACUAUUGGGACACUAACAGUACUGGCGUCCACUGUUGUCCAUUAUGUCAAGAGAAAUUCUACACCAGGCCGAUGCUUCGGGUUAACACUUUCAUUGCUGAGAUGGCUAAAGAGGUCAAGAAAUCUGUUGAAAAAAAGUCUUCAAUAGAAGUUACCCCUGACCAAACAGGAAAUGGUAAUGUGCUCUGUGAUAUGUGUAAAGGGCCAAAGCUCACAGCCGUCAAGUCCUGCUUAGUGUGUUUCAUGUCCUACUGUGAAACACAUCUGGAGCGUCAUUUCACAUUUUCAAACUUGAGGAAACACAAGCUAAUCCCCCCGGUUCACAACCUGGAGAGCAGGAUGUGCAAGAAGCAUGAUGAGCCCUUGGAGCUGUUUUGCAGAGUGGAUAAUAAGUUUGCAUGCAGGUCCUGUGAAAACAGUGACCACAAAAGCCAUGAGAUGGUGAGUAUGGAGGAGGAGGCUGAAAUGAGGAAGGCCCAGGUGGGGGGAAAAAGGAACGACAUGGAUGAGAAGAUCCAGGCCCGUCAGCAGAAGAUUUACGAGAUUCAAUACUCUGUGGAGGCUAGCAAAAAUAAUGCAGUGAAGGCGCUGUCAUACAGCACACAAGUGAUGACUGCUGUGGUGGACUAUGUUAAGAGGAGCCAAGCUGAGUUAGUUAAGGUAAUUCUGACACGGAACAAAAAAACUGAAACAGAGACAGAACGCUUCAUUAAAGAACUGGAGGGAGAAAUUCUGCAAAUCAAGCAGAACAACGCGCAGCUUAAUCAGGUUUCAUUCAACAAUGACGCCUUCAGCUUCCUUGAGAAUUUCCCCUCUCUUACCAUUGCUCCGCUCCAGGUGAAGGACUGGUCUGAUGUGACUUUUAACAUUGACCAGUUUGCCAUGCAGGACGCCUUGACCAAGUUCAAGACAACAGUGAUGAGAGAAGUAAGGAUGCUGUGUGAUCCUGACUUGAAUGAAAUGCAGCAACAUGCUGUGGAUGUGACUCUUGAUCCAGACACAGCAUACCCUUCUCUCAUUGUUUCUGAGGAUGGAAAACAAGUCACGACUGGAGAAAAGAAGAGAAAUCUCCCAAACAAACCGCAGAGGUUUGAUCAUGUCCUUAAUGUCCUUGCAAAGGAAGGUUUCUCCACAGGAAAGUUUUACUAUGAGGUCCAGGUUAAAGACAAAACACAAUGGGAUUUAGGAGUUGCAAGCAAGUCAAUCAACAGGAAGGGGGAUAUAAGACUUAGCCCUAAGAAUGGAUACUGGACUAUUUGGCUGCGAAAGGGAAAUGAGUUUACAGCCAACGACAGCCCUGCCAUUGACCUCCAUGUAAGUGAGAUACCUCAAAAGGUUGGAGUGUUUGUUGAUUAUGAGGGUGGUCAAGUUUCCUUCUAUGACGUGGAUGCCAGAUCUUGCAUUUUCUGCUUCACCGGAUGUAACUUCACUGAGGAGGUCUUUCCGUUAUUCAGCCCCUCUGCUUAUGACGGUGGCAAAAAUUCAGCCCCUUUGGUCAUUACUCCAGUCAAAUGCACAAGCUGAGUUUUUGUUUUUUGGGGUCAUUGUGAAAGAAAAUGAGACAGGACAAGGGACUUGGAGAGAGAUGGUGGAUCUUAAUAAUAGAAAGAUGAACUGUUUUUAUCCGUGCAACUCCAGUGUGUCAUUUUGUUUCUCCCAUCCAUCAGUGUCAGUGCUGUGUGUGUCGCCUGUCACACAGACAGCUGUAGAGUUCCCAUUCAGCCAUCAGGACAUUACUGCACAUACACACACAAGGUUAUACACACACACACACACACACACACACACACACACACACACACACACACACACACACACACACACACACACACAAUAGGCAACAUAGCUAUACCAAUACCAAAGAUUGGUCACAUAAAAAUUUAUAGACUUUUUAUGCCAUGAUGGAUGGGCUUGAUACCUAUAGCAGGCUGAUGAAACUAUUACUGUGUUUGAAAAUACUUUUUGACUUACAUGUGAUACAUCUCAGGUCAGUAUAUACCAAGGUGACCCCCACUACACAACCUGUGUAUGAUUAGGUAAGACUUAAGUGUUGGUUGAGCAGAGUCAUUAAAAGUAUUUGUUUGUUGGUGUUUACCAUUUAAUUCUUUUUUAAGAGCUGUAUAUUGAAUUGUCUCAGCAAGUGCCACAAACUGUAUUAAGUAGGUAAGUAGCAGCUGUUGUAAUUAUGACAGGAGCAAAGACAGAAGCAGGUGAAAUUGUUACAUAAUAACAAGUCAGAGUAGUCGUAGUAUGGGAAACUCCCGAAUCAUAGCAAAGUACUUAUAUUAACCCAAACCAAGAUUGUUUUCUAAACCUAACAAAGUAGUUUUAUGCUUUAACCUAAACUAACCAUAGCCAGAGUCAUUAUCACUUUGUAAAACUGAUGUGUUAAAUGCGUCGCUGUAUAUGUUUAAGAAUUUUGUAUAAUUUGGACGAUUGUGUUUUUUGAUGCUUGCUACGUGUGUCUUAUAUGAGGUUCUUAUUUGGUGUAAUCUUAUCUGGAUUGUUGUAUAAUAUCAAUAGCUAUCAAUAUGUGAUAGCUAAGAGAUCACAUACUGAACAAAUCAGAGUGUGGAGCUGUUGGAUGAAAACCUGCUGCUGAUGAUGAACCUGAUAUUGUUAUCUCUUAUAUAUGACUGUAAAUGAAAUAUCUUUUUUGAGGCAUUUUUGAGGAUGGCACUUGCUGAUGUCCAUUGUCCAAUGUUUGACUGAAAUGCAAUGAUGAAAAAAAUAAAUAACGGUGAUUUAGCAAA